UAAUUAUUGUAUUUUAUCAGUAUAUGAGCUUGAUUGUAUACUUAACUCACCAUUUACUUCUUAACAGUUGCAUUUAAUGUUUUAACAAUCUACUAGCCACGCGAAAAUAUUUUCCGAAGAGAUAUAUUUGAAAAAGCACAGUGCGAGUGAUUUAUAUAUAAUGUUCCUUACGAUCUUCUUAAGUUCAAUUGUAUUACUAAUUUUAUUGCACUGCAAAAUAAAAUAUGGAAGAAUUGGAAGAAUACUGAACAGUCUUCCAGGACCAGACACUUAUCCCAUUAUUGGAAAUCUGCAUCAUAUCAAGGAUGUUCCAGAUAAUGUGAUUAAAAAAAUUGUGGAAUAUAAUAAUAAAUAUUUUCCAAUUUACAAAAUCUCGACCUUUGGGUAUUACAUGGUAUUUCUACUUCAUCCAGAUGAUAUUAAGGUUCUGAUGACAAGCACAGAAAAUAUUGAUAAAGAACAUGUUUAUUAUUUCUUGAGGCCCUGGUUAUCCUAUGGAUUGCUUACUAGUACAGGUAAGAAAUGGCAAAAACGGCGGAAAAUGUUGACACCUGCAUUCCACUUUAAAAUUUUGGAACAUAGUGUUAUUACUUUCAACAAAGAGGCACACUGCUUAAUUAAAUCGCUAAAACAAGAAAGUGAAGGAAACGCUGUUAUUAAAAAUUUACAAUCAUUAAUUACGCGACAUACUCUAAACAUAAUAUGUGAAACGGCUCUGGGUAUCUCUUUAAAGGAAAAGAAAGAACAUGCAUCUAAGUAUCGUGAUGCUAUUCACUCUUUCGGAAAAAUCGUUCCUUACAGACUCCUUAGACCUUGGUUUUACAUAGAGUGGAUAUUUGCACUUUCUUCAGUUGGUCGGCUUCAUAAAAGAGCAUUAAACACAUUACAUAGUUUUUCAAGAAACAUAAUUGCAGAAAGAAAACUAUUUCAUGAAAAAACUAAUAGAAAAUAUUUAUAUCAAUUUGAAAAAACGGAUAAUAUCGACACUUCUUUUCAAAACUCAGAAGAAAAAAAUACAAAUUCGAUAUAUAAGAAAAGACUUUCUAUGCUUGAUCUACUUAUAGCAUAUUCUCUAGAUAGUAAUGAAAUUGAUGAUAAAGGAAUUCAAGAGGAAGUAGAUACUUUUAUGUUUGAGGGUCACGACACAACAUCAAUGGCAUUGAUCUUUGCUUUGAGUCUCUUUGCGAAACACCAAGAUGUCCAGCAACGUAUAAGGGACGAAGUGAACGCAAUUAUGCUUGAUGAUGAUUACGAUCUGACGACCUCAGAUCUUCAAGAAUUAUCGUACCUGGAUAGGUGUAUAAAGGAAUCACUCCGUUUAUAUCCAAGCGUUCCUUUCAUAUCUCGUACCUUAACUCAUGACUUGCAGCUAAAUAAUUCUUUAAUUCCAUCAGGAACAAUAUGCGCGAUUUACAUAUAUAGCGUACACAGAAAUCCAAGAUAUUGGCCAGAUCCUAAUGUUUUUGAUCCCGACAGAUUUUUACCAGAAAAUGUUAAAGGGCAUUAUCCUUUCUCCUAUAUUCCAUUCAGUGCUGGCCCAAGAAACUGUAUUGGUCAAAAAUAUGCAAUGUUAGAGCUUAAACUGAUAGUAGCUCAUAUAGUGCGAAAUUUCUAUUUAGAACCAGUGGAUAAUAUUGAUGAUGUUGAGAUAACAGUCGGUUUAACUUUAAAUUCUUCCAAACCACUACACGUGAAGUUCAUUCCCGUUAAUGAAUUAUAAUUUUACUUUAAAUUCUGUCAAAAAUCAUAUAAAUUGAAACACAAAUAUAUGUAAUUUAAUUGCAAUUGAUAAUUUCUUUGCAUUAAAGUUUUAAUGUUGUGAUAGUUAAAGAUAUUGGGGAAAAGAAUUCUUAUAGAGCAACUAAAAAAUCUGAAUAUACACCACUUAUACUAGCUUGCUAAUAUUUUAUGAUAAUGUUAUUGUUUUUAAUCGUAAAUUUUUUUGAUAAUUCAUACAUCUUAUUAUGAAUCGUUUUGUUUAGUAUAAUAGUAAUAGUAUCAUGGGAUAAAAGUUUAAAAUACUAAUGUAUUGUAAAUAAAAAU